AUGAGCUCCAGCACAACUCCAGGCAUCACGGCGGGCCUACCUGUGGCCAACGCGACACUGCCAUUUUGGAGGACAGAACUACACGACCUGGACACCUCCAGAUCAACGGAGGUGCUCCCCAGACAAUGCGACAUCCUCGUCAUAGGCGCUGGCUAUGCCGGAGUCAGUACCUUAUACCAUCUCCUAGACUCAGAUGAUGCUCCGGACCCGUCCAAGAUAGUGAUGCUUGAGGCACGUGAAGCAUGCUCCGGGGCGUCCGGACGCAACGGCGGCCAUAUCAAGCCUGAUGUAUAUUACAACAUCCUCAAGUACACUGAGAAAUAUGGAUCGGCCAAUGCAGCGGCCUUUGCGCGCUUUGAGUCGGCGAAUGUGCUUGCCGUGAAGGAGUUGGUGGAGCUGGAAAGGAUCGACUGUGACUUCGUGCUGACUAGGGCUCUUGAUGUGUACCUGGACGAGGCACACGCUCGAUCGACGCACGCGACGUAUCAGGAGCUGCGGAGGAUUGGUGUCGCCGACCUAGGUGAUAUUCACUACACUGAAGGACUCGAUGCCGAAGCGCUCUCUGGAGUCAAAGAUGCCAAGUGCUGCUUUUCCUUUACUGCAGCGCAUCUAUGGCCCUAUAAAUUGGUCAUGAGCCUGCUCGCCAAGGUUGUGGCUAAAGGUGUCAACCUGCAAACUCACACACCUGUCACCUUUGUCUCUCCAGAGGUAGACGAGCAGGGACGCUGGGCUGUCACGACGCCACGCGGUUCUGUACUAGCGAAGAAGAUAAUAUUCGCCACAAAUGGCUAUACCGCAGCUAUCGCUCCACAGUUCGAGCAACGGAUCGUUCCUGUUCGAGGAAUAUGCAGCCGCAUUGUUCCCACGAAGCCAGAGAACACGUCUCGAUUAGCGCACACCUACUCUCUUCGCUAUGGUCCUGGCUUGUACGAUUAUAUGAUUCCACGCCUGGACAAGUCAAUAGUCAUCGGCGGCGCAAAACAGCCAUUCUGGCAUGAUAAAUCGCAGUGGUACGAUGUCACGGAUGACAGCAAACUCAUUGAGCCUGCCGCCUCGUACUUCGACGGGUUGAUGCAACGCCAUUUCAGCGGGUGGGAGGAGUCAGCCGCGAAUACAGACAUGGUCUGGACUGGCAUCAUGGGAUGGACGUCUGACUCUAUGCCACACAUCGGCGAUGUCCCAGGAAAGAAGGGCCAGUAUAUUGCAGCGGGAUUCAAUGGACACGGAAUGCCUCUGAUACAUUUGGCUUCCAGGGCUUUGGCUGAGAUUAUCAGGGGUGAGAAGACAUUUGAGGAGACAGAGUUACCGGCUGUCUUCAAGCCUACGAAAGAAAGGUUGCAGAGCACCAAGAAUGAUAUUCUCGGCAUAUGA